AUGAGUCGCCAAAAAUCUGCCCUUGUUACAGGAUGUUCAUCUGGAAUUGGCUACAGCAUUGCCAAAGAACUUGCAAAACGAGGAUGGAAAGUUUUUGCAUGUGCUAGAAGACUUCAGCCUAUGGAGAGCCUCUGCGAAGAGUACCCUGAUCGUAUUGCUAUAUUCAAGAUGGAUGUGUCUUCCACGGAAUCGAUAGAGGAGGGUUACAAGUUUGUCUCGGAGCGUCUUGAGGAUGGAAAAUUGGACUUGCUCUAUAACAAUGCAGGAGCAUCCUGUACUUUCCCUGCUAUUGAUGUGCCAGAUGAUGCUCUCGUCCAAUGCUUUUCUGUCAACGUGGAAGGACCAAUCAGACUAACCAGGAAGUUCAGUCGCAUGCUCAUCAAAGCUGAAGGAACAAUUGCCUUUACUGGUUCUCUGGCUGGCAUCAUGCCCUUUCCAUGGGGCUCUGUUUAUGGUGCUUCUAAAGCUGCCAUCCAUCAAUAUGCCAGCAUUCUAGCCUUUGAGAUGCAACCUUUUAACGUUCGUGUGAUCAACUUCGUCACUGGUGGUGUGAACACAAAUAUUGGUGAUAAAAGGCCAUUGCCUGAAGACUCCAUCUACAACUUCCCUGAAACUAGAAAGAGUUUUGUUGUUAGACAACGAAUGGCUGCGGACAAUCAUCCCAUGGAGCCGGCACUAUAUGCCAGCAAAGCUGUCAAUUCUAUUGAGAACAAAUGUAUGGGCAAAGUUGUUGUCCGUUUAGGAACUGGUGCAACUACAUUAUGGUUGGCAUAUUACUUGGUGCCUAGAUGGCUUAUGCUAUUCGCUUUGAAAAUGAAGUUUGGCUUGAAUGCAGUCUGGUCGGUGAUCAGAAGUGGAGACUACAAGAAAAAUGAGUAG